GAUUAACUCGCAUAACGUGCCUCGACCUAUUCUGAAGGAGCUAUCAGCCGCCUGUUUUGAAUCUCGAGUUCUUUAUUGUGCGUCAGUUUCGUCUCGCGAUGCGCUGGGAAGUUUUAGUUAUUUUCAUCUGUAGUGUUGAACUAGUAAAUUCACAGAACAAUGAUGGGUCUAUAUCCAGACGAAGGACAACCACUGAAGAUCCGGUUCUUAUGUUUUUUCGAGAAACGACUACGACCACCACUAGCGCUCCUGUCGUCACAACUACUACGGAAGAACCGCUGGAUGAUGAUUACUCGCCUCCAAGUUGCGGUGUUAAACAGGCACAGAGAGAUAUUUACGCCGAUGAUACAAAUAACGCAGAUCGAGGAGAAUUUCCUUGGAAUGUAGGGGUUUUCACGAUCUCCAAAGGGUUUCUCGGGGACGAUCAGCACAUUUUUCAUUGUGGAGGUACAGUAAUUGAUGAAUUCGUCAUCCUGACUGCAGCUUCCUGUGUUCGGGGGAUAAACGAAAAAUUAACAAUUAUGGCGGGAUUUUGGAAUCUGGCUGAUGAACAGGAAAAGCGCCAGAUUCGAGCAGUGAAGAAACUCAUUAUUCAUCCGAAAUUUGUUCCAACGUCGAAAAUAAACGAUAUAGCACUCCUGCUUUUGGAUGAUAAACUAGAUUUCGCGCCAAGGGUUAAUCGGGUAUGCCUACCGGAUCACACUGUUGAUUUUAGAGAGAGUAACUGUUUUGUGACAGGAUGGGGUGCCAUUCCGGCAGAAAAUUCUACAGAACAUAUUCGACCUAAAAUGAAGCUAGUGCGACAAUAUCUGGUGGCGCAUGAACAGUGUGAAAAGCAAAUCAAAAGAUCAGUUCUUACAUUUCAACUGAGCAACGUGUUUCAAUGUGCCACAGGCGUUGCACUUUGCGAAUUUGAUGUAGGGUCACCCCUAAUGUGCACGGUUCCCGGUCGAGAAAAUCAGUUCUAUCAGGUGGGAGUAUUUUCCUAUAUUCCAGGUACGUGCAACUUAGGGAUCGGCCCAAAUGUGUUCACUAAGGUCAGUGUUUUCCGCAAAUGGAUUGACCGUAAUCUCGAAGAAAAUCAACGAAGUAUAUAUGUGUACGUUCCCGAGUCGGAGGAUAGCGAAGAGAAUGAAACACAAAAUGAAUAAAUCAAACGCGAAUUUCAA